UUUUAACUCUUUCAUGAAAUGUACACAAAUUGUCCAACCUCAAAUGUCGGAAUUCUCAAAAAUCGUGCUACAUGAACCAUUCAGUCCGACCCAAAAGCUGAAGAAACUUAUUAUUUUAUCAAAGCGAAAAGAAAGGCGAAAUUCCUAUGAAGUUAUCAUCCAAUACCGUUCACGGUUGCAUAGCGCAAUACAGCGACCGCGUCGGGCAGCGAAACGAAGAGAAAUUAGAAAUACCAAGCUAUGACUUGAAAAUCCUGUAAACUAUCGUUUAAAAUUAUUUUAUUUAAGCUUCUUUUUAACACUAUUGACAUAAAUACUACUGAGAUUGAUAAGUAAAAUUGAAAAAUUACUUUUUUCACGUUUGAAAUGGGCGCUUUUGUGUUGUACACAAAAAGUCACGUGAUCUGAUUAUGGAAUAUGGCGGCCUCCAAAUUUACAAACAUGGAUUCUUAUUCGUGUAAUCUGAGGCAAUGAACACGUGUGUUUGUUUACAUUCUAGAAACACAUGUGACAAGUGCUAGAAAGCCUCAAAUCAGUGAACCAUGCCCGGUAGGGGUGGGCGUGGUCGGGGUAGGCCACCAAGAGCUAAAACACCAAGAUCUGCAAAUUUUCUAAGAAAGCCUACAGCUUUUGGUGGUGGAUUCGUUGGGGAUAACAACAAUUCCAGAUCUAGUACUCCAGUAAGCAAUUCCUCAGCAAGCACACCUACAAGGGGUCAGUAUCAAAGAGGAAGAAGAGGUGCUGCAGACAGAGGCAGACAUUUUAUACAAAAUUUAUUUGAUGAAGAUGACGAAUUGUCAAGAGACAGUCUUGGGGCAGGAUCGAAUGGCCCUGGAAGUGAAAUUCUCGAUGACAUGUCAAAUAUUGAUGGUGACUCGGAUGUCUCGUACAAUGAAGAGGAUGCUUCAGACUCUGAUUUCAGUGUGGAAAGUGGAAGCACAACCAGUAAUAGAAAAGUAGUGUUCUUCCGUAGACCAAAAAGUCCUGAAAUACCAGAGGAUAUAGAAAUAACCACAUUAACACUGCCACCAAGUUCAACUGAUUUACUCAUUCCUUCCGAAUUUGUUAUGCCUUGUAUGGGAAUGUACGAAGUGUUGCGCCAUUUUAGAACAAUUGUACGGCUCUCGCCAUUUACAUAUGAAGAUUUUUGUGCCUGUUUGCUUGGAGAAGAGCAAUGCAAUUUGUAUUCUGAAAUUCAUGUGAUGCUUUUGAAAGCAAUUCUUCGUGAAGAAGACAACAAUAGUACAACAUUUGGACCCUCUGACACCAAGGACAGUAUUAAUAUAUCAUAUUUCUUUAAUGAUGCAAUGACAUGGCCAGAAAUUGCUAGGAUUUACUUAGAAAGUGACAGAACGUCUAUAUCAGAUUCCUCAUAUGCAAUAGCAGUGCUUGAAAUGCCAGAGUUUCCAUUUGUUAGCGUCAGUGAUAAAGUGAAAGUUCUUCAGACACUCAUAGAUCUCUUUCUUACAACAAACAAAGUCAGGGAAGAGAUUCUGAAUGAGGGAAACAUACACUACGAUGACCAUUGCAGAGCUUGUCACAAGCUUGGUGACUUGCUAUGCUGUGAGACCUGCUCAGCUGUGUACCAUCUCGCCUGUGUAGAACCACCCAUGGAAGAAGUGCCAGAUGAUGAUUGGCACUGCAGUGUCUGCCAGGCACAUCAGGUUAAAGGCGUGACAGACUGUAUAUCUGAAGCUGAGAAGAGUGGACUGCUUUGUCGUCAAGAUCCAAUAGGCUACGAUAGACAUGGUCGCAAAUAUUGGUUCCUCGCAAGAAGAAUUAUUGUUGAGAGUGAGGGUCAGGUGUGGUACUACAGUACCAAGCUGCAGGUGGAUGAACUCCUUGAGGUGUUUGACAAGACCGGCUGGGAGAGAGAGCUCAGUUUUGUCAUCAGCGACCUCUACGACGAAAUCAUCCGCCAGAUGGAAGUUACUGAACAACUCACUGCAGAGAAAUGCACAGCUAAUAAGAAAUCUGCCAUUGAAGUUGAAAAUUCGAACCUUGAGCGUGUGCAGGCUGAGCGCGCAAAACGCAAGGCUGAGGAGGAGGAGGCACGCAAGAAAAAGGAGGAAGAACUGCGUCUGCAACGGGAGGAAGAGGAUCGUAAAAGGAGGGAAGAAAUUGAGCAAAGACUCAAUGGAGAUGAUGAGGCAGAAGUGCUAAGCAGCAUGUCGUUGCAACAUAUGUCGUCUGAGAGUUCCAAUGUUACCACAGAGAUCAUCUCCACGUCUGACCUGGGAACUGUGUCGGCUAUUGAAACCGUGGAAACCACCACCACAACAACCACAAAAACGACAACCUCUCUACGCAUAACACCAUCACCUGACAAGGAAGUGGUCAAAACUAUAGAACCUGGGUUAGUGAAAUCAAACGAAGAAAGGUCUGAUUCAUCUGGAACACAAAUGGCUAAAUCAUCUGAAAAUAAAGUGAUCGUCAUAGGUUCGGAUGGGAAGCAAACACCCGGAAUUAUGAACAUUCAGUCUGUGUGUCCAUCCAACAAGUCAGGCACUACCUUUGUGCUGCUCAACAAAGAAGGCUCCCAGAUGAAAAUAAGUCUCUCACAAAAGUCCAUGGAAGACAAAAAUGAUGAAAGUAGAAAUGAUGGGGAUAGUAGUUCACAAACAAAUGGAGGCCGAAUGAUGAUCACCAGGUCCAAGACUGGUUCUCUCACACCAAAACUGUUCUCUGACUCAAUCAUGGGCACAAGUUUGAAAACCACAACCAGCAAUGUGAAAUCCUUGAGCACCAAUUCAUCUGAAGAAGUUCUCAUCAUCAACAAAGAUGGGGAGAUCACAAGAGUUGCCAGGAGCAAGCUUCAGACCACCGCAUCUAUCUUUACGCAGCAACAGUACUUUAAAUUGGGUAUGGAUGGCAGCUACAAGCAAUACGUCAACCAGUACAGCACAGCAACACUUGCCUUGAACAAGCACCAGCACAACGAGGAACGAGACAAGCGUCGCUACCUCUCGCACAAGUUCUCGCUGACCAACCUGAGUGAGUUCCGCUGGAAUGGGGCAGUCAAUGGCAACAAGAUCAUGACGAUAUCCACCCUACGCCUGAGCCUGGCCCAGCUGGAAGGGGCACUGCCCUCUCCAUUCCUCCACCCCAACUGGUCCCUACAUCGGCAGGCCUGGAUGAAGGCACUUCACUUGUGCAGCAAGCCUGAGGACUUUGCAAAUGCUCUGUGUAUCUUGGAGUCCGCCAUCAAACCUGUUCUCCUCUUACCAGUGUGGCACGACAAUCUAGGUCAUGUAAAUCUUCGACGAAUAACAUCACUGGAUCGUGAAGAAAUUAAGAAAAAGGAAAAAGAACAAAAGAAACUGGCUGAAGAAGAUGUAGGGCCAGUUGUUUGGAUCAAGUACACUCUUGGCUUGAAACAUCAGGUGUACAAGCAGAGGGGUGAGGAGUACCGAGUGACAGGGGGCCAGGGCUGGGUGUGGCUGCGGUCGUCAUGGAGAUCUGCCCCCACCUCCCAGGACUCUGUGGGGCUACGUGCUGCAGCAAGGAAACUCAAGAACAAAAAACCCAAAAAAGAAGAAAAUGACGAAAAACCAUUGAAUGAAGAUGUGAAACCAGAUUUGAAAGAUGAGGUUUUCAUGAUGGAUACCGAUGUUGCUGAAGUAGAAGUAAAAACUGAGGAAGAAAUGAAAGCAGAAGCUCCAGAUAUGCAAAUUGAUGAACAUAAAACUGUGGUCGAAACAGAAGUGAAGAGUGAACCAAUGGAUGUUGAUAGUGAUAUUGUGCCUAAGUCUGAAAUGGAAAUAAAAUCGGCUGUGGGUGAGGUAGACAUUGAACAGAUGGACUCUUUAAAAAAAGGGCCAAUGAUGAUCCGGAAUACUCAGGGAGACUUUUUGAAUGGUGAGGUGAAAACUUACUCACUUUUGACUAAGAAAUGUGAUGUUGAUCUCAUAGAUGUAAGCAAAGGCAUUGAAGAACACACAUAUUAUCCAAAAGUCACAAAACCAUAUUCAAAAUUGGACAGCCUUCUGGAAAGAAGGCUUAGACUGGAAGAAAUUGAAAAACGUCAGCGAGACAGUAUUCUGCAACAGUUGCAAUGGAAACUUAAACUCGAAGAGGCAAAGCAAGAACACAAAGAAGUAACAUCUUCCCCGGAAAAGAGUAUCAUAGCACUUUCACGGCCUGCUGUAGUAGAGAAGAAAGAAGCUGUGAAAGAGAAAGUUAUAAAAUACGGUUGCUAUUCACCACUGUGUCAGAUAGGAGAUGUAUUGGGUGGACAGUGCUACAGCGUGAGGUGUAGGUUUGAGACAGAGCAGGAAGAGGAGGAUGAAGAACUAGAUGAGGAUGAAGCUGGAGAGGUCCAUAUGGAGGUAGAUGAGGAUGAGGAGGACAAACAAACAGAGGAGGCUAAAAAGGAAGCAGCUAACAAGACCAAGGCUGAAGAGGAGGAGGUGGAUAUUCUUGGGGACAAGGAUGAUGACAAUGCAAAUAAGACAGCGGCAGAAAAUCUCAACACAAACAAUGCUAAUUCUGCGGGCAGUGUGCCUAAGCCCAUUCAACCAAAAGUUGUGCAUGUGCCUUUGAAUAAUAAUGACAGUGCAAAAUCAGGGUCCGCAUCAUCAGGUAUUGUGGUUAAGCCUGGAUUAACGUCUCCGAAAGGCAAAACUAUGAUAUCUAUUCCAGGAAAUCUGGCCCAACUUAUUGCACAAAAGACUGGACAGAAUCUAACAUAUUCACAGGCCCAGGCAUUCAUACGACAGGCAUUAGAGAAAAUGUCAGUGGAUGAUAUCAAAGCUAAAAUUCCAAAACAAAGGUCAACUAAAGACAAAGUGCAGUUAUUAAAGCUAGCUAAAGCUGCCACAAAGAAAAAGACCCAAAAGAAAACUUCGCUCCCUAUACUUCAAAAGUUUCUCACACCUUCAGGCACAACAAAUCUGUUUGUUCUUGAGCAUUGGGAAUCAAAGAAACUUUCCCGCAAAGCAGGUAGAAUAGAAGUGCAUGGAUUCAAGUAUGAUUGCAAAAUGAACAAUGUAGACUGGAUAUACCCAUGCCCACGACCGUUAUUUAAAACAGCUUUUAAAUAUAGACUAAAUACCAUAAAGUCACUGUCCUCAGCUGCCUUGCAUCUGCGUAUAUUCUGGGCCUGUAUACGGUGGGAUGACAUGGCCACCAAGCCGCCAGCAGGUGGCACCAAUACCAUCUCCACGGAGACAGAGAUUACAACCACAGAGCUUUUGAAGAGGAAAGAUCUCCCUCCUUUCGGUCUGAGGUCAGAAUUCCUUGUGAGGACCAUCAUUGUACCAUUGGGGGUGCCAGAACAGCCGAAAGAAAAGUACACACCCCAGAGAAGUGGCCUGAGGGAGAGGAAGAGGCCUGAAUCUCCCAAACUUACUGAGCCAAGUGUCACAGAGAAAUGGGUCCCAGAAGAAAAAAUAGAGCUCUGGGAGAUCAAAUUGUUUGGGGAAAAGGUGGAGAAGCAGCGUGCGGCCAUGCAGGAGAAGUCGAGCACCCAGCAGGUUGCGCACAAUGCGGUGCAGAUCAAGCAGCAGCUAGAGGAGCAGCUCAAGGCACAGCGCGCCGCCAUGCAGCAGAAACGGCUCCUAGAGGCGCAGGCUGGCACAAACACCAGCAUUCUUACCAGCGUGACGGGCUCCCCGACAGUGUUAAAGACACUGACAAGCCUGGCUCCUGGCUCCACAGUACUGAAGACUGCCAGUGGCAUGACAACCAUCCUGUCACCUAGCAACAUCGUGAGAAAGAUACAGCAAGUGCAGCCAAAGAUAGUCACUUCUGGUGGUGUUAUCACAGUACCAGUCACAUCUGGGGUCGCAGGUUUGAGGCCUAUCAUGAAGGUGCAAGUACCAGGCAGCUCAGGGGCCAUAACUCUACGCCCUACCACCCAGACGAUCCAGCUGGCUCCAAAGCCUGUUGCCACGGUAACAAGCAAUACAACACCAACCUUUACUGCCGUCAAGUUGGGUAGUGCUGCCCAGGUGAUUGGUGGACAGACUGCUGUCAUUAGAGCUGCCAGCCCUGCUCCAGUGAGGACUGCUACCCCAACCACCAGCGCCCAGAAUGUUCAGAUCAUACAAGGACCCAAUGGUCAGCUGCAGGUCAAGGGGCUUAUGCCAGGCCAACAAGUGAUCAAGCUGCCGGACGGUCGACUUCAGCUGAUCAGCACUAUUCCACAGAAAGUGGUCAGCACACAGCAGGCUGCCACCCAGCCCCUCACCCCACAGAAACCAAUUGCGAUUGCAGCAAGCCAGGCCACCAUCAGGCCCCAUACUGUUAUGGUGAAUAGUGCAGGGGUGCCUGUUAGUCUUCCAGCCAGUCUUGGCGGUGGCACUCCAACGAAGAUUGUCAUUAAUUCCCAGCCAGGGGCAAUGCAGCAGGCAAUCUUAGUGAGUUCCCCUCAGUCUUCUACCACCCCAGCCACCGUCUCUAUCAUGACUUCAGCAGGGCCAGGAAUUGCAAGAAUUAUCUCUCCCAUUAAAAAUGCAGCUGGCCAGGUGAUACAGAAAGUGGCAACUCCAGGCUCAGUGAUGACGGUCACCAACACACCCCAGGGUCCACGCAUCAUCCGCCACAUCACCAGUACACCUCAGAUUGUUACUGUUCAGGGUGGCCAAUCUCAGAGUGUCCAGUUGAAGCAGCAGCAGUUACAGCAGCAGCAAGCUAUCAUUGCCCAUCAGCAGGCCACCCUGCAAGCCUCUCAGCAGCUGCAGCCAGUAGGUCAGCAGGGUCAACAGCCUACGCAGAUCCAGCAGAUCAAGCUCCCUGGAGGCCAGAUACUUCAGGUGGCAGGCACCGUGGGCCAGUCAAUCACUGUCACGCCGCAGCAGCUGGCAGCCUUACAGCAGCAGCAAUUGAAGCAGGUACGGCCAGGGGAGGUCACCAGCCAGGUGGCAGGUUUUAGUGAGCAGGCAGUCACAGGGGCAAAUGUGCAGGACCAGAUCAAGCAAGGGAUUGUGUCAGAGGCUGCCAAGGGAUCUGUGGUUCAGAGCCCAUUGAAGUCCACUAACGGUGAAAACCAUACUGCUCUGCAGGCCCAAAAAUCCCCCGAUGCUGGCUCACAGCAGAAAUAUGCUGUGACUCCUCAAGUUGUACAAGAAGUUGUGCGCCAGGCACUGAUGCAGAAUCAGACUCCAGAGAUUCAGGCCAAGCUCCUUGCAAUGCAGAAGCACAUGGUGCAGACCAAGUCCUCCGACACCACCAUCGUUCCCAAGGCCACAGCGGUGUCCGCCAUCAGCGUGCAGGAACAGAUUGUGAGGCAGGCCUCAGUUGAGUCACUUGAGAGUAAACUCACAAAACAGAAAGCAGCAUUGUCACAGGAACAGAAGGAUGAAAAUACCAGUGUGGUGCUCAAGUCAAUUGUGGACAAGACAGAUAGGGAGGAGAAGAAGGAGACGAAGCAGCAGCGCCGGACUGAGUCAGCGGAGGAGAAACAACGGCGCCUGGCCGCCACCAGGACUCAGCAGCUGCUCUACAAACAUAAGGAGGCACUCAAGAAGGAGAUACAGAGGAAGAGGAGACUCAAUGAGAGCAACAUGCAGCUAGAGAUACAGGUAAGCAACAUGCAGCUAGAGAUACAGAAUGAGAUCCAGGAGAUGCAGAAGUCCCAGCAGCCUGUCCGUAAAAAGAUGGCCCUUAUGAAGCAGCCAGUAGCACCAGUCACAUUAGCAAUACCUAAACAGCAGGACGAGCUGCCGCCCAUGCCCCCAUCUAGCGCACAGGUUGCAGAACAAAAGGCAAGGAAGAAGAAGCAGAAACUGAUCUCCACAGGUGGUACAACCAAGAGCCUCAACCCCAGGCAGAGGUUGUACUGCAUUUGUAAAACGCCUUAUGACGAGUCCAGGUUUUACAUCGGCUGUGACCUGUGCUCCAACUGGUUCCAUGGCGAGUGUGUCAGCAUCACCGAGUCGCAAUCCAAGUUCAUUGACUCGUUUGUGUGUGAGGAUUGCAAGAAGCAGCAGGAAGUGGCAACCGAGGAGCUCUACUGCCUCUGUCGCACGCCAUAUGAUGAGGCCAGAUUCUACGUUGGCUGUGACCGGUGCCAGGACUGGUUCCACUGUGAGUGUGUGGGCAUCACACAGAAGCAGGCUGACGAGCUGGACCAGUACCUGUGCCCCAACUGCCUGCGCAAGGACCAGGAGGAUCCCAUCAACCAAAAGGAGCUCACAGAUAAUGACUAUGAUCUCCUCUUCAAGCUACUGCACAGUCUCCAGACUCACAAGAUGGGUUGGCCAUUUUUGGAGCCAGUAGACCCCAAUGAAGUGCCAGACUAUUACAAUAUAGUGAAGGACCCCAUGGAUCUGUCACAAGUGGAGGCCAACUUGGAUGGCCAUGAAUAUCGGCGGCUGACAGACUUUAUCAAGGACGUCACCAAGAUCUUCAACAAUUGUCGCCUGUACAAUCCACCGGACACGCCGUUCUUUCAGUGUGCAGAGGUCCUUGAGACAUAUUUUGUACAGAGGCUCAAGGCACUCAAGGACAAAUUCCUACAUUCUCAGCAGUAAUUGAGCCGGGUUCUGGGACAAUUGUGUUGAAUGCGUAAAAUGUCGUCCUAGAUUAGCCAGUGUGGUGUUGCAGACAACAAUUUCCAUCUACAUUUGAUUUUUGUUGAGCAGAUACUUCUUUUAAAUGAAAAAUACCAUAAAAGGGGGAAGUGUGCAGACUGCACAGGUUUAUCUGGAAUGACACUUAACGCUUAAUGCAUUAAGCCAAGUUUUCCCAGUUCAGAACUCACAUAUAUAGGGAAACAACAUGGUGAACAAUCUGGUUACAAACAGAUCAUUCUUUGUUGGGGCUUUUAAAUCAAAGGAUUUGUUUGCAUUAUUCUCUGUGAGAAUACCUGCUCUUAAUUUGAUCAAAUUAAAUUUAUUUAAGUCUGUUGUAUAUGACUUAUUUUAUUUAAUAUUUCUAUUUUGUGUCCAGUUUAUCAAUAAUACAGCUUAUUUGUAUGGGAAAAAAAAUCUGGUAUUAGUUGUCGAUUGGUUAUAUAGGCUGUAAAAUAUCAAACUAUAUGAAUAAUUGUAGCUAAAUAUUCCCUAUCUGUGAACAGUAAAUUAGUUUUAUGGCAUGAAUAAAACUAAUGGUAUAUUUAAACUCAGUCAUGUAUGGUUAUUUCCAGAAGAAUCAAUUGUAUCAUUAUUUAUUUAUCAGAAGCGUGGCAGAGUAAAAGUCAAUGUUACUGGAAACAUAAAAAACAUUAUUUAGGAAAGGAGGCACCUACGAGCCUUGUGUGUUAAGGGAAAAUAAGUCAUUUUGUCCAGUGUGCAGAGAUCCUGAAGUGCGAAAUUUUUAUAUCUAACCCCCUUUUGGCACUGAUUUUAAUCCUUUUUUUCUCAGUUAGUGCCACUUUAUUUUAAGAGAUAUAUUUUCCAUUUUUACUCGACACUCAAUUUUGUUUGGGGGGGCUCCGCACCUGUUAAUGACCUAAUAAAAGUCAACCUGAGUGUCUAACAAGACGUGUUAUAAAAUGUUUGUACUAGGAAACAUCUGUUUCUUCAGUCAUUGUAUAUUCGUAGGCCUAGUUCUUAUUGUACAUAUAUGUAUAUAUGUGUAGUAUGGAAUUCAUUAUUGAGGUGAAGCCAAUUGUAUUUUUUCUUUACUACUUUGCAAUAAUUCCUGUGCACGCUGUAAUUAUUUAUACUAAAGUUUUAAUGUCAGAUGCCAAUAGUUAGCUUCAUUUGUGUACAUCGUUGUGCUUAGUUUAGUUUCACUAUUUAAAUUAAAUUGCCUCUGCUGUUAGGUUGCUUGAGCUACCUUAUCAUCUUAUCAUGAGCUAUCUUAAAUUACAAGUGCAUCAUAUCAUAUUGUUUGUCUAAAUUAGAUCCCUGAAUUCUCUUUCAAUAUCAUGAUUUGAAUGGUAACGUUACUACAUUUUUAAUAACUUCUUUAAAAGUUUCAAUGAAUUAAAUGUUAUCAUUACACUUUUUAAGAAGAUGAUAUAAAUUUAGAUGACAUUAUUUUAUCUUCUAGUAUUCAUUUCAGAUAAUUUUGUAUACUCACCAUUCUGAGUUAUCUCUCUUUUGUAUGAAGAUUUACAUAAAUAAAAUUAAAUAGGGUGGUAAAUGAGAUUUGUGCAUAUUUGUUUAACAAAGUUUGCGAAUAAGUUAAAAUCCUGGUUGUCAUAUUAGGGUAUGGCCAUGGCUGGUGUCAAACAAGUGUUUUCCAGUCUAUAAUGUAAUUCUGCAUUGACCAAUCUUGAGGAAAUUUUAGAUGAAGCAAACUUGCACGGAGUCCUACUUCCAAAAAAAAUUACAAAAAUGGUUUCCUCUCAAAAAAUAGAGUUUUGAUGGAAAUACUGCACAGAAAGCACUGAAUGUUUAUGUUAGUAGCAUACUUGCAGAUAAAUCUUGGAAUGGCAUUUAAUUCCAAUCAGGUGAAAGUCAAGGUCUCUUACUACAAACAGAUAAAUAGUUUCUGGUGAAAAACUUUUCGAGAUGGAGAUUUUGCACUACAAUUUUGUAGAUUGAUUUAAAGCAGACCUAGCAUGGGAGUUCAUUUGGAGAUAUUAUGCCAACAUUGUGUGUGUAGGUAGGUUACGUGAUACUUAGCUCUUGGGAAUCCAUAUGGGACUAGUUGGGUAGAGGGAAUUGUUUCCAAACACAUGUGAACAGUUUUGGCUUAAUAGCUCAAUAUUAUAUGCAGAUAUUGCUCAGAAAUUGUGAAUGUUGGCUGCUCAGUAUUGCAUUUUAACCAGAUGGAUCAAGGUUACUGUCAAAUAUACUUAAAAUAUAUAUAAAUUGUGAAAUGAGCUGUAAAAAACCCAAAUUGAUUAACAGUUUGUGUACUAUAAUGGUUUGAUUUCAUUUUUACAUUGCCUUAUUGUGAAUCAUAAAGCCCUCAAUCCCAGGAGUGCACCAAGCAAAUACUUAUAGUGAGUGACAAAUAUUGUCACUUUUGUACUUGUCUUGCGUUUUGCAGCAUCAAGAUUAAGAAUUGUAUAAAGUCUGUGCUGUGUUUUUAAAAGCGAGGCUGUUUUUUUUUGCAGAAAACCCGAGGUAUUGUCAUAGCCUGCUCGUCGUCCGCCGGCGUUGUGCUAAAACCUUUAGAUUGGCUCUAAAAUCUAAGUGCUUCCACCUACAACUUUGAAACUUUAUAUGUAAAUGCACCUUGAUGAGUUCAGCACGCCACACCCAUUUUGGGUCACUAGGUCAAAGGUCAAGGUUACUGUGACCUCUAGAAGAAGAAAAAAUUGACAAGCUUUCGCAGCCGAGCGUGGCACCUGUUAUGCGGUGCUCUUGUUCCAUAUAUCUCUGCGUUGUUGUUUGUUAUUGACCUCAUAUUGAUUGUGUCGCAAUUUUAUUUAUUUGUUUUUGAUUGUCAUUUGUAAAUAUUCUCAUUCAGCUAAGGCUGUCAUCUUUUUCGCAAAAUCGUUGUUAUGCUGUUGAGUCUAUUAUGAGGUCAGUGAGGUAUUUGCACAUGUGCACAAGUUAAGUGAUGUAAGUCUUGUAUUUUGGAGCAUUGACCUGUUUAUAAAUAAAUUUUGGCUGUACAUUAAACUUUCUAUCCUUUCAUUUCACGUGAUGUAUAAUAAUUUAAUAAAGUGUAUUUAGGACAGAUUGA